AGAGGCAACUUGACUUCUCGCUCCUGCUGUGGGGUGAACAAAGGCUUAAAGACAACAUGGCUCCCUUUAAGGACUUCAAGUUGACUUUGGAAGCGCUGAACCAAGAGGGCACUUAUUCCGAAGGAGAUAAUAUUAUCGGCACUCUUUCUUUCAAUCUGAAAAGUGACACCAAAGUGAAGAGCAUUUCAGUGAAGGCUAAAGGGGACGCAAUGGUGGAGUGGAAAGAAGAAUAUGGAAAUAGUACGACGUACUACAAGGGGCAAAGGAGAUAUUUCAAACUCAAACAGGACUUGGUUGCAAAAGAUACUGGAGCCACUGUACUUCGCCAAGGGCCCCAUAAUUUCAAGUUGUCAUUCCAAAUUCCUCAUUGGGAAAUGCCAUCCUCCUUCGAAGCGAAAUAUGGAAAAAUUGUGUACAUGGUUGAAGCAAAAAUUUCCAGAAGUUGGCGGUGGCCUUCAUCACUAACAAAAGAGAUCAAGUUUGUUUCAAAGUCUAUUCCACCAAUUCAUCUAGCCAUGCAUCCAUUAUCCGGUUCAGUGGUUAAGACUUUCUCCAGCGGACAGCUCCAAAUGACUGCUUCAGUGAACCGAGGAGUUUGCUCUCCAGGUGACACAUUGUCUGCCUCUGCCAGAAUCUGCAACACUUCUUCAAAAUCUGUGAGGCCCAAGUUCAGUUUGCACCAGAAGAUUGUGUACAGAGUCAAAAAGUACACCAAAACCAGUGAUAAAGUCAUAUUUAAAGUGGUUGGAGACACAAUCACACCAAGAUCAGAGGUGACGGUUCCCUGUGAAGUGAAGAUUCCUGUUGAUGCUGCCUGCACUCUCCAUAACUGUGAAAUCAUCUCAGUUGAACAUUACCUCAAGGUGUAUUUGGACGUCAGCUUUGCUAUCGAUCCAGAGGUGGUGUUUCCGAUCUUCGUUGUUCCGUCGAACCUUGUCCAUGCUCACCUCAGUCAAAGAGAUCAUAUACGGAGACUCCUCAUUCACGCUGCCAUCUUGCAGGGGUUGAUCUCGCUUCCACAGCACACUGAGGAAUGAUAUGUUUCACCAUAAACAUGAUUAUAAAUUGAUCAGUUUUCAACUUGUCUGAUGUUUAUGAUAAACAUCAGACUUGGAGGACACACAGACAUAAACAGACUGAAAUGAACUCAUAAACUGUUCAGGCUGAUUGAGUUUUUAUUGAGAGAAUUGGUUUAAGGAUUUAUAUUGUACUUGACUGUUACUG